CUAAACAUCUGUAUAUGAAUAGGACCAUCUGAAGGCGAGACGAAUUCGAACGAUAAUAGGAUAAAUGAAAUCACAGUGGACAUCCUGGUCUCUGGGGCGAAAGAUGAUGCAGUUUUCUACGAUUCUGCCAAAAGGUACACAUCUCACUCGAGUCGAAGUUAAAGACUGCACAUGCUAGUGAUAUAAUCCCGGGGUACUAGUAAAAGGCAAUAAUUGAGAUUUAGAAUUGCUACCUACAAACGACUUUUGGACCUGAGAAAAUAAUAACUGAUCGAUAUGGAGCGACCAAAGGUUUACAGCUAUUACCAGCUUCAGUCUAACGACUUGAAGCGAGUGAUCGAGACGAGCCUCACGGAAUCUAAUAGCGUCUCAAAGAAGUUAGAGAAGUGCCUAAUGGAGCAAAGCCAACACAUCUGGGCUCCCCGACGCCAUUCCAGUGCGAUAACUCCUCAGUCGUUCGUGCCGCCCAAAUUGAAUCGAAGAGUAUCGGAUGGCCAAUUCCAUUUUAAUCCAUCUCAUUCAGAGAGUGACACUUCUUCAUUUAGAGCUCGCCUCAAUAAGGAAUUCGAAUCGGCACGGAUGAAUGUGAAACAUGCAACAGGUGCAGUCAAACAGAAGAAAGAGCGAAGCAACGAUGACAACAUACUCGAGAACUACGUAUUUGAAAAGGUAAAAUAUGCAGGCGAUCGGGAAAAAGAAACAGUAUCCUAUAAUUUCGAUAGUGACAUUGCCACAAAUAAAACAUCGGGUGGCCUUGGAUUGAAUGACGAUGAUGACGAUGAUGACGCAGAUGAUAUAUUUGAUAUUCCUGAAGGUCAUGCUACAAUCCACCGACCAAGAUGGGGGUCUGGAUCUUUUGAAAGACGCAGACGGUCUAGCUCGAGUAGUGUUGGAUCGAGUAGCGGUAGCUCGAGGUCUAUAUCUCCCCUGGCGAAAUCGGAUUCAACAGCGUUCGAAUUCCAACAGAACAGAAUCCGACACGAGUCAAUCGAGGAGGAGAGUGUUCCCAAUGAAAAUGAGGAAAACAAAUUGAAAGGGGAUCAUUCUGAGCAACAUGCACAAGCUUCUGGUUUUGAGACCAGGACAGACAAGAACGUACAAUCUGACGCCCAUAUAAGUAUAGCGCGCGAGAGAGCCAGGCACAGAGCCAGGUCAAGAAAGAGGACCGAUUCCGAGGAUCAUGGGGCAUCAUUGCGAUCGAGUCGACGAGGUUCUAAUGUAAGUGAUGUUUCAAACGCGAGUAAAAGCUCCACAUCAAGUAACAGUUCAUCAGAAGGCUCAAAAACUUUUUCCACCGAACAUUUUCGCAUUUGUAUCAUGGGUGGCGCAAGUGUGGGAAAAUCGAGUAUCAUAUCGCAAUUUCUCUACGAUAAAUUCUUAGAGGAUUACAAUCAAACUGUCGAGGAUUUCUACAGGGGAGAAUAUGAAAUAUAUGGACAUAAAAUGAUAUUGGAUAUAAUUGAUACAUCGGGAGCGUUUUCAUUUCCCGCUAUGAGAAAUCUGUCCAUUCAAACGAGUGACGCCUUCAUUCUUGUGUAUGCAGUUGACAACCCUCAAUCAUUUGAGGAAGUCAAGGCACUACGUACGAUGAUAAUGGAAGAACGAAUUGACGGUUCUGCACCUGUAGUUAUUGUCGGAAAUAAAGCAGACAUUGGUGGUAGUAAAAGGAAAGUAUCAACAGAAGACGUAUAUUCUAUCGCUACGGAUGAAUGGAGUCAUGGAUACGUAGAAGCAUCCGCGAAGGAAAAUCAGAACAUCGUAGGUAUCUUUAAAGAAGUAUUAAUUCAAUCGAACAUUCAGUACGCGUUGAGCCCGGCUGUCACAAGAAGGAGACAAAGUAUGCCUGCUGACGCUCAUAAGAAACAAAUAAAGACAAUAGAAGAGUUAAAGAAACAAAGACGAAACACUACAAGCUGUACCAUAUCAUAGUUAAAGCCAAAGAAAAGACGUACAUUCAAGAAGUAAUUAAGGCAACAAAUGUCUUGUUGGACUGCGUGUAAACUAGCCUGUUUAGUUGGUUUCUUAUCUGCAAAACAGGAUUUAAGAUUGCCAAACUCAUCUAUCAUAUUGCAAU